AUGGGCACCCGCGACGACGAGUACGACUACCUCUUCAAAGUUGUCCUUAUUGGAGAUUCUGGUGUUGGAAAAAGUAAUCUUCUAUCUCGAUUUACUCGAAAUGAGUUUAAUCUGGAAAGCAAGAGCACCAUUGGAGUAGAAUUUGCAACAAGAAGCAUCCAGGUUGAUGGGAAAACAAUAAAAGCACAGAUAUGGGACACGGCAGGGCAAGAGCGAUACCGAGCUAUAACAUCAGCAUACUAUCGUGGAGCUGUAGGUGCCUUAUUGGUUUAUGACAUUGCUAAACAUCUCACAUAUGAAAAUGUAGAGCGGUGGCUGAAAGAACUGAGAGAUCAUGCGGAUAGUAACAUUGUUAUCAUGCUCGUGGGUAACAAGAGUGAUUUACGUCAUCUCAGGGCAGUUCCUACUGAUGAAGCAAGAGCUUUUGCAGAAAAGAAUGGUUUGUCAUUUAUUGAGACAUCUGCUUUAGAUUCUACAAAUGUAGAAGCUGCUUUUCAAACAAUUCUAACAGAGAUAUACCGCAUUGUUUCUCAGAAGCAGAUGUCAGACAGACGUGAGAAUGACAUGUCUCCAAGCAACAAUGUGGUUCCUAUUCAUGUUCCACCAACCACUGAAAACAAGCCAAAGGUGCAGUGCUGUCAGAACAUCUAAGGCGUUUCUCUCCUCCCCUAGGUGGCUGUGUAUAGUCCAUUUCCCAGGUCUGAGAUUUAAAUAUAUUUGUAAUUCUUGUGGUCACUUUUGUGUUUCAUUACUUCCUCAUACUUAUGAAUAUUUCCAUGUCUUAAGUCUUUUGAUUUUAGCUUUAUAAAAUCAUCCACUUGUCCCAAAUGACUGCAGCUCUUUUUCAUGCUAUGGCUUCACUAGCCUUAGUUUAAUAAACUGAAUGUUUGAAUUCCUCAAUUAUUGUUUACUUUUCAUCAUGGAAACUUGUCACACUGUAGGACAUAAUACACUUGAUCACUUGAAACUCAGACCUACUGGUCUUGAUGAAAUCAAACUAAGAAGAACCUAGAAAUGAGCUACGUCAUUUUGCCACAGAGCAGCUUAAUAAGUAAAACACUCUUCUCUCAGUACAGUGCAUAUUUCCACAGACCUAAGAAUUGCCCGAUAAACAUAGC